GUUGAACGAAGGUCAUACUGUGUUUGUGGAGAGGAAGAUAGCUGGGUGUCUCUAUGGGGGUGAACCAAUGAGACACUUCCUGGGAAUCGGUGGCUGGAAAACCCUCCAAUACGGGGUUGUGGACGUCCUAAAAAAUGGCCCCUACACCAAGCUCGUCCCUGACCUGCGUGGGGUGGACCCUGACGAUGCCUUUUCUGUGGUGCCCUAUGAGAAAGGUUUUGCCCUCCUGUUUUACCUGGAAACACUUGUAGGAGGACCAGCCGUAUUUGAACCCUUUCUACGAGCCUACAUUGAGCAGUUUCAGGGAGAUUCCAUAGUUACUGACCAGUGGAAAGAGUUUCUGUUCUCCUUCUUCAAGGACAAGGUUGAUGUGUUCAAAGACGUUGAAUGGGAUAAGUGGUUCUUUGGACAGGGGAUGCCGCCAAUAAAACCAAAAUAUGAUGACAGUCUUGCCGUGCCGUGUGCGGAUCUGAGCCAGCGAUGGGUGAAAGCUGUGAAGGAAGAGUUCUCAUUGUUCAAAGCUGAGGAUCUGGCGUCUCUGUCUACUGCACAGAAAAGGGAGUUCUUCUCACUUUUGUUGAUAGAG